AUGAGUCUCUACAGUUCACACAAAUAUAGCCACAAAAUCAUCUUCAUUUCCCUCAUUCUCUUUGCUUCAUCUUCUUUCUUCACUCCUUCCAUUUUCACGGCUCAAGGAAGAACAAUUUCCAAUCUCAAUGAACUUGCAAAGAAUGGUGUGGAAGAACAUGAAUCAAUUAUAGUAGAAAAAAUUCAUAUAGGGUCAAGACCUCCAAAGUGUGAAAAAAGAUGCAAAAGCAAAAGCUGUGUGUAUUGUGAAGCAGUUCAAGUACCUAUUGUACCAUCAAAAGUUCAAAACCAUAGAAGCCAUUAUUAUUCAUCAGCUUAUUCAUCAAGAGGAGAUGGUCUUUCAAACUACAAACCCAUAAGCUGGAAGUGCAAAUGUGGGGACAGCUUUUUCAACCCUUAG